AUGGGAAGUAUUGGCAAGUUGAGUCGUUACUUCUUUCCAGAUGGUUUUGUUUUCGGAUCUUCUUCAGCGGCCUACCAGUAUGAAGGUGAAACAAGCAGAAGUGGUAAAGGGCCCAACAUAUGGGACACUUUCAUUGAGGAGCAUCCAGAGAGGAUAAGUGACCAUAGUAAUGCAAAUGUGGCAGUUGAUUUCUAUAAUCGCUAUAAGGAAGAUGUGCAAAGAAUGAAGGAAGUGGGAAUGGAUGCUUUCAGAUUCUCUAUUUCUUGGUCUAGAGUGUUACCACAUGGCAGACUAAGUGCAGGAAUAAACGAAGAAGGGAUCCAAUUUUACAACAAUCUCAUCGAUGAGCUCAUAAAAAAUGGUAUACAGCCUUAUGUAACUCUCUUUCAUUGGGAUACUCCACAAGCACUAGAAGAUAGAUAUGGUGGAUUUUUAAGCCCUGAUAUUUUAAAUGAUUUCCGAGACUUUGUGGAACUUUGCUUCCAAAAAUUUGGAGACCGAGUGAAGAAUUGGAUCACGUUAAAUGAGCCUUUCAUGUUCAGCGUCAAUGGUUAUGACACGGGCACAUUAGCUCCUGGUAGAAUUUCAACUAUGGAGAACUCAUGUCCAGGCCAACCCAAAAUCUCAGGUGCCACCGAGGUUUACAUAGUGACCCAUCAUCUAUUACUUGCUCAUGCAACAGCUGUGAAAGUAUACAAGGAAAAAUAUCAGGUUUGCAAAAGCUCAAAACUGUACAUGAGUCCUUUAACUACAGGUGACUAUCCACAGAACAUGCAUGACUAUGUUGGAGGAAGAUUGCCUAAAUUCAGUGAAGAGGAAUCUACGAUGCUGAUAGGAUCUUAUGAUUUUAUUGGAAUCAAUUACUAUACUACAUAUUACGCUCGGAAUGUUGAGGAUGUUAAUUAUAAAAACAUUGGGUUUAUGGAAGAUGCUCGUGUUACUUGGCCAGGGGAGAGAAAUGGAAUACCAAUUGGUCCACAGGCGGGUUCAAGUUGGCUUUAUAUUUAUCCUGAAGGAAUUCGUCAUCUUUUGAAUUACAUUAAAGAUGCGUAUGGAAAUCCAAUAAUAUAUAUCACUGAAAAUGGAGUUGAUGAUGUGAAAUCCUCAUCAUUGGAGGAAGCUCUUAAUGAUCCCAUAAGAGAGAAAUCUUAUAAAGACAUUUUUCACAAUGUUCUUGAAUCCAUCAAGUGA